AUGGCCGUUACGCGCUCUGAGGGAAGGGGCAGCAAGCCGUCGUCGUCCAAGGCUACCACCUCGGCGACCGGUACCACCAGUGCGGAAGCCAGUACGGAAUCAACAGCUACAGGGACGACCGCCACGGAGACUUCGGAGUAUACAGACACCUCCGCGGCGACUGAUCCAUCCACCGUGACUUCCGCCACCGCAGCGACCACUUCGUCCGCCGCCACCUCAGCCUCAGCCGCAACCGCCGCCCCCGCCACGCACCCCGCCAGCGCCGUCGCUCCUUCCGUAACACCAUCCGCGGCGACGACACUAACUGCGGGUGCGAAGGCCAAACAGCUGAUGAAGCCGCCCGCUACUGUCACCAGAGCAACUCACCGAGAAACAGAAACUUCUACAGUGAAGCGAGCCAUAAGAAGCACCGCCGGUCCAUCAAAGCAAACCAGGCUACAGGAACCCCGCCCGCCCAGCAAGAAGGGAGGUGGAGGGGGAUCUACACGCAGUAGAACGAAGCAGCUCAAGCUUGCAAAGGCGAAAGAAGAUUUACUACGCCUUCAAGUGGAAUUAGCCGCAGCACGCCUUGCUGCCUUAGAAAGGGAAGACUCAGAAGAGGAAGAGGAAGAACAAGAUGACGCAUCCCUCUACUCAAGAUCAGAAGUCAAUACAAGAGUGGACGACUGGUUGGAGAAUCAAGUGAAUCGCCCGGUGUUAGCAAUCACCAACGAACCUCACCAGGCCAUAGAAGAACCAACAGCCGCCCACGCAGAAGAACCAAGGCACGAAGAAACACAUCAGUCACCGGCGGGAGGUCAAACUGACGUAGCCCUCCUGGCUGAAGCCAUCACUCGGGCUGUCAGCGCCGCCCAACGACCUAAGUUCGUCGAGUUACCAUUCUUCAGCGGGUCGCAUCAGGAAUGGCUACCCUUUCGCGCCGCCUACUACGAGACAGAAGCGACAUUCAGCGUAGUUGAAAAUACGAAUCGACUCAGAAGAAACUUGAAAGGGAAGGCCAAGGAAGCAGUUGAAGGCCUACUUAUGACCAACGCACACCCGGCUGAAGUAAUGAAGACUUUGGAGUCAAGAUUUGGAAGACCAGAGUCAAUAGCCAUGCUGGAGAUGGAGACGCUUAGAGGUCUGCCGCGCCUUACUGAGUCACCAAGAGACAUAUGCAUAUUCGCCACCAAGAUCUCCAACGUAGUGGCGACACUGAAGACUUUGGGUUGUUUUAACUACAUGUACAAUCCUGAACUCGCGAAGACAAUAGUAGACAAACUGACGCCAACUCUGCGUUAUAGGUACUACGACUUCUCAGCCAUGCAGCCACGUGAAGACCCUUGCCUCAUCAAGAUAGAGAAGUUCUUCAAAAGGGAAGCAGAACUGUGUGGACCCUACGCGCUGCCCGAACAGAUGACACCGCCUAUUACAGCCGCACCACAAAGGAAGACUCAAAGGAUCAACAACGUGACUGAGAAGACAUACAUACCAAGAUGCGUCGUAUGUGAAGAUACGGGGCACACCAACGCCACAGAAUGUGAACAAUUCAAGAAGUUAGAUGCAAAUGCAAGAUGGGACAUGGCCAAGUCCAAGCGCCUCUGCUUCAGGUGUCUUCGCUAUAGGAACAAGACACACCACUGCCGACCCAAGCCAUGUAAUGUCAACUGCUGCAAGUACUCUCACCACAAGAUGCUGCAUUACGAAAAGAAGUCAGAAGAUUCAGAAGCAAAAGAAAAUCAAGGGGCAACAGAGGUCAUCAACUCAACCUGGACCGUCAAGAAGCAAUCAUACUUAAAAAUCCUACCGAUCCAGGUCAAAGGACCAAAAGGAGCUGUCAACACCUUCGCGUUGAUGGACGACGGCUCAACAGUCACGCUCGUCGACGAUAGUAUAGUAACAAGCAUCGGAGCAACGGGCCCCAUAGACCCACUGAAGAUAGAAACCAUCAACGACAAGAAAGUAUCGGAGUCAGCAUCGAGGAGAGUCACCAUCAAACUAAAGGGGCUCAACGAUCAUGAAGAACAAAUACAAGCACGCACAGUGAAGAACCUGCAAGUCUCAUCUCAACGGGUCCCACAGGAUCUAGUGGAGGAGUGUCAACACCUCUCUGAUAUCCAAGGACAUCUCACAUAUGCAAACGCCAAGCCACGAGUGCUGAUCGGACAAGAUAACUGGCAUCUUCUGCUGACAUCGGAAGUAAGAAAAGGAGACAAGAACCACCCAGUGGCAUCUCUCACGCCACUAGGUUGGGUACUCCACGGCAGCCAGACACGAAGCUUCGGACGGAACAUCGAUUUCGUGUCACACAUCGUAGAAGAUCCAGAGGAGAAUCUAGAAGACCUCGUGAAGCGAUACUUCGAGAUGGACGCACUUUGUAUAAAGCCCAAGAGACCGAAGACUGAUCCAGAAGAACAAGCACUUCGUAUCUUGGAAAGGACCACAACGAAGACAGAAGAAGGAAGAUUCCAGACCGGUCUUCUCUGGCGCAAAGACGAUGUCAAGUUACCAGACAAUUACGAAAACUCGCUGAAGAGGCUCUUCAACAUAGAAAAGAAGAUCGAUCGUGACCCCACGUUAAAGAAGAAAUACGUGGAACAAAUGAACGCUCUCGUCGCAAAGGGGUACGCCGAACCCGCCCCAAAACAGAAGACAGCUGACAAAACUUGGUACCUACCUCACUUUGCAGUAGUCAACCCAAUGAAACCGGAGAAAUUACGGGUGGUACACGAUGCCGCAGCCAAGACCAAAGGGGUGGCACUUAAUGACAUGCUACUCAAAGGGCCCGACCUACUACAAUCGCUACCAGGUGUCGUCAUGCGCUUCCGACAACACAUGAUCGCGGUUACGGCGGACAUCAAAGAGAUGUUCAUGCAAGUCAAGUUGCGAGAACAAGACAGGGACGCACUGCGGUACCUAUGGCGUGGGAUUCGACGAGACAACCAACCUCCGGAAGAGUACAGAAUGACAUCAUUAAUUUUCGGAGCAUCGAGUUCGCCUUCGACAGCAAUAUACGUCAAGAACCUAAACGCCAAACAGCACGGGGAAACUCACCCAGAAGCCGCAGCGGCCAUCAUAAUGAAGCAUUACGUCGACGACUACUUGGACAGCUUCAGAACCCUCGAAGAUGCCAAACGCAUCACGAAGAGUGUACGAGCCGUGCACAUGAAAGCCAGCUUCGAGUUGAAACAGUGGAAAUCAAACUCAGCAUCACUCCUAGAAACACUUGGAGAAGACAGCCAGACAGAAGACAUGGAACUCUACAAAACAGAAGAAAAGAUGGAACGAGUUCUGGGUGUUGUUUGGAAGAUCCACUCGGACGAACUCACCUUCAACCUCAACUUAGCCAGAAUACCCUCAACACUCCUAGAAGGGAAGCAGCCGACGAAAAGGGAAGCACUGAGAAUAGUGAUGUCGCUCUUCGACCCGCUCGGAUUCGCCUCGCCUAUCACCAUCAGGGCAAAACAACUCCUCCAGGAAGUCUGGCGUAGAGGAACAGCAUGGGACGACAAGAUCGACGAAGACCUGGCAGAGCAGUGGAAAAUGUGGAUGGAGCAUCUGGAAGGCCUCCACGAAAUAGCAAUCCCGCGACAAUAUCUUCACUACAGUGACGCGGCCUCCCUAGAACUCCACGUCUUCAGCGAUGCCAGCGAGUCAGCUUAUUCUGCGGUCCUCUUUUGGAGAGCUGUAACAGCAGUAGGCGAGGUCCACCUAUCCCUUAUUGUGGCGAAAGCAAAGAUGGCACCGUUAAAACUGACGUCCAUCCCAAGAUUGGAGCUACAGGCAGCAGUCAUGGGCACCAGGCUCGCAGAAACAGUAGUCGAAGAACACGAGAGGAAACCUGACCGCAAAGUAUUCUGGACAGACAGCAAGACAGUACUAACCUGGAUAAGGACAGGGUCACGUUCAUAUAAGCCCUACGUGGCUCACCGUCUAGCAGCAAUAGAAGAGAGUUCCAAAGUUAACGACUGGCGCUGGGUUCCGACAAAGCUGAACGUGGCGGACGACGCCACACGAGACGUACCAGCAGCAUUUAAUAAAGAACAUCGAUGGUUCAAAGGGCCUGACUUCUUAUACCUAACAGAAGACUUCUGGCCGACAGAAACCACAAGAGCAACAGCGGAAGAACCUUCCGACGAAGAAAGGACACAUUACGUGAGCAACAAAAGAAGAUUGAGGCUUGCCGAAGGUCUACCUGAUCCAGCGAAGUUCUCCAACUGGGACCGACUCCGAUACUCAACCGCACGUGUUCUACAGUUCAUUCAACUCUGCAGAAACACCAAACAGAGAGUCAACUACAAACGAACAAAGAAGAAUAAAGAGGCUGAUCCCACUUGGAAAAAGAACAAAGCUACAGUGAAAUAUCAGGCGCACAUGACGACAAAGAAGCGGUCGCCAGAAGACAUAAAGCCGCUAAUGGUCUCAGCCGAGCUGCUUAAGACAGCUGAAGAGCUUCUGAUGCGAUCCUCCCAAGAAGAAUCCUUUGCGGAAGAAAUAGACAGCCUAAACAGCGGGAAGCCGAUCAAUAAGGAGAGCCGCCUUCGCCAGCUCAGCGUCGAGUCAAUAAACGGCACACUACGACUUAGAAGUCGUAUUCGAGCAGUCUGCGACAUGGAGGAAAAAUUCAAGAACCCGUUGAUAAUUGACGGUGAUCAUCACACAGUCAAGCUCUGGGUGCAGGCUAUACAUCGGCAACUCCAUCACGCCGGUGUAGAAGCCACAGUUAACGAGUGCCGGCAGCAGUAUUGGGUACUGAGACUGCGCCCUAUCGUACGCACAAUACUACGAAAAUGCCUAUUCUGCAGAAUGAAGACGCAAGUACCGCCGCAUCCGAGAACCGGGGACCUGCCAACGUGUCGCUUAGCUCACCACAAGCGCCCCUUCACCUACACCGGGGUGGACUAUUUCGGACCUCUUUCGGUGACCGUCGGACGAACUCGACAAAAGAGAUAUGUGGCCAUUUUUACAUGUCUCACUACGCGAGCCAUACAUCUAGAAGUUGCCGGCUCACUUAGCGCUGACUCCGCGGUAAUGGCCAUAAGGCGGAUGAUCGCACGGCGAGGCUGCCCGACAGAAAUAUGGUCAGACAACGGCACCAACCUGAAGGCAGCCGAUAAGGAACUACGACAGGCGGUCGACGCAGCGACCGCAGAAGAAGCAGCAAAAAGGACUAUCUCCUGGCGCUACAUCCCGCCUGGAGCUCCAUUUAUGGGCGGAGCCUGGGAGCGAAUGGUUCGCUCCGUCAAGACCGCUCUUAUCGCGACGUUGCACGAACGUCAUCCGACGGAGGAAGUCCUCACGACACUACUGGUAGAAGUGGAAUACACCGUCAACAGCCGACCGCUGACUCACGUCUCAGUCAGUCCAGAGGAUCCCGAAGCUCUCACUCCUAACCACUUCUUGUUGGGAGGACCGGGACGAGUACCACAGCUAGGCACUUUCACCGAACGAGACGCCCUCUCACGGUCAAGUUGGCGAGCCGCGCAGAGGCUAGCCGACACCUUCUGGUUACGCUGGGUGAAGGAGUACCUCCCUGAGCUUCAACACCGGCGGGAGCCCCACGGACAAGGCCAAGCAGCACGCGUCGACGACCUCGUACAGAUCGUCGAUCCCAACCUGCCUCGCAACGUGUGGAUACGAGGAAGAGUCAUCGCUACAUAUCCGGGUCCCGACAACGUCGUGCGGACUGUGGACGUGCUAACUAAGGGAGGUGUCCUACGCCGGCCAGUAAGGAAGCUUGUGAUCCUGCCUCUAUCUACGGACGUCGAGCCCGCACCGGAAGCUGAUGCGACGCGGUCGCACGGCGGGAGUGAUGUGCGGGACAAGAGAAAAACAAAUAGUGAUACAUAA